AUGGACGCCUGCAUGUAUGUCAUCGCAAGGAGAGUCUACAGAUAUCGAUUCUGCCUUGUUGGCACGUGGGUGACUGCCGCGACAGUUUUCACAAUUCCGGCCCUUAUCUUGGUACUGCGACGUACAGUGGGCAUGGACAAGACGCCUCCUGCAGGCACUCAGAGUGCAGCAGCUAUGGAGGUGCUAGAUUCGCAAUUUCACAGUGCCUCUACAAAGCGCUUGGAGAUGGUUGUGAUGAAGUGCAAGACGUGGUGCAUCAAUGUACAGAGUAACAACGUCGCAGAGGUCUAUGCUGAACAGAUCAAAGACCGAGUUCUACGUUUCGGCUCUGAGCAUCCAUCUUCGGCAGUAUCUUUUCAAUCUUACUUUGACUUUGUUGGACAUCAUCAGCUGCUUAAUCCGUUCAAGUCCAAAGAUCAGCAGAGUAUCAUGUUGAUGUGGACGUGGUCGAUUCCAGUUCAACUGAAACAGAAGGCGGAAGACUUUGUGGUACAACUGCGUGAAUUUAUUGAGUCUAUUGACGAGUUUGGCGGAGAAGGCGCCAUGGAAGUCAAGCUCACGGGCAACAUUAUUUUGGACCAUGAGAUGAAGGUGUCAAUCUUUGACUUCACCUUGCACGAAGUGAAGACAGUGUGGCUUCCCAUUCUAAUUCUUGGAUACGUACUUCGAAGUGCCAGACUGCUGCUACUGGCAUUAACCCCUAUGCUUUUCGAAAUCUUAGUUGGUUUUGGUUUCAUGUACUUCGUGUCCUGCGCCGGGAUGACCAUCAGCUACUAUGCUUUGAUGAUCAUGUUGAUGCUGAUCAUGGCUUUAUCGUGGGACUAUGCUCUCUUCAUGCUCACACGGUACAAGACUGAGCGAGAGGCAGGUUGCACCGUGGAGGAGGCUAUCAUUCAGACGGUGGCAAGCAGUGGCAGUAUCGUCGUCGUAUCAGGCGUCGUAUUGUCGAUUUGCUGGUCCGUGAUGCUGGGUUUGCCUGACAUGUUCAAGACUUUUGGAAUUGCUGCUGCAUCUGCCAUCAUGGUGUGCGUCCUCGCUCAGCUGACAUUUGUGGCCCCGGUAUUGGCGAUCCUGCCAUGGCUGGGUCCAGAUGCUGGAGUUCCCACAGAAGUUGAACCUUUGAGCCCAACAGGCGAAGCCAUGCGGCGGGUGGAGCAGUUCCGAAAAGGGCCAUACUACUCCAUCGGCAAGAUCCUCACGGCUUUCCCCUGCAAUUUGAUUGCCUUCGCCGCGAUUUACGGGCUCAUGAUGCCGUUGACAUUCAGAUUCCUUCAAAACUUCGAUGUUCUGAAUUUUCAAUUCACCAAAAUGGGCCACAGCUUCGAGAUGACAAUGCCUCGAGGCUCUCGAGCCUUCAACACAAGUCUUGAGAUCAUGCAGGAUUUCGAUUUUGAGAUGACUCUAAUGCCAGUUCUCAUUUUUGCCACCAAUGCUGUGGACUCAGAUGCGCAAAGUGCUGGCACUGUCUCAGCACCGCUGGUUAAUGAAGAUUUAUUUCAGCUGAAUUGCGAGAUGAUUCGCGCGCUGAUAGCCAGAACAGAGGGUACGCCCUAUGAGCUGGGAGCCAAAAGCUUCCAAAGUCCAAGUGUCCCCAUUGACAAAAGCUAUAUUCACUCCCCACUGCCCUUUGCAAAGAGUGUCUUCAAUGAAGUCUUUGGACAGCUGGUCUGUCCCAGCCUGAACCAGAUGAAUUUGGUUCGCAAGAGCUUCCUGUCCCGCAAUAUUUUCUUGACGCAGACCUCGGAACACCUCGAUCUCAUGUGGGAAGAGAUGGUCCGCAAGAAUGCCAUGUUGACUGUGCUCAAUCCUGUCAUGGACCCCUUGGGACCACAGGCAUUCCAGCUUCAGGCUCAGGUGGCCCAGGUCCUUCAAGAAAUGCAGUUCCGUGGCCGAGCUACCAUUCCACAGCUGCGGUACUACAUGUUCUCACCCGCAUCUGUCGUUACUGACCUGAUCAAUGUCACAUCUUCAGCGCUGCCGACAUGCUUUUUGAUCUGUGUGCUGAUAUGCUUCUCACUUAUUGCGCUGUGGUUCAAUGCAUUCCUCGUGCCCUUCAAGCUCUUUGUGACAGUGAUUGUGCCAGUUACCUGGACAUACGGAGCAGCCUUCCUCGUUUAUGAGGAUGGGGUCUUGGCAUUUCUGGGUCUACCAGGAUUGGCUCCCACUGGCAGCGAUGGCUUGGAUUGGACAGUACCUGUCUUCAGCCUGACUUUCCUGAUCGGCCUCGCCCUAGACUAUGACUUCUUUCUUUUUGAGCGGGUCUUUGAGUUUCGCAGCGAGGGGUUUGGAGAUCGUGAAUCCAUUCAGCUUGGUUUGUCUGCAACCGGUGGAACCAUCUCUGCAGCGGGAUUGAUUCUGGGCCUGACGUUCCUGGCCUUGGUUCUCACGUCUGAGCUGCCGAUGAUGAACCAGCAGGGUUUCGUGUUCGUGUUUAGCAUUGUGGUUGACACCUUCCUGGUACGCACUCUCGUGGUUCCUGCCAUGCUCUCGAUGUCACCUUGGCUCAACUACUGGCCCAGGGAGAUGCCGGAGCCACUUUAUGAGUGGCUGGGGGAUGCUGAUGGAGCUGAUGCGCGGACCAAGCUGCGCAUGGCAAGCACUGGCAGCAUCGAAUCUGACUGA